CAACCAACUGCUUGCGCAAAAGUCGAAACGUCAAAGCCGAAACAAGAAACAACAAAAAAAAUCAGAGAGGCAGCAACAAGCACAGAAAUCGUACGAGAAACGAGUGCCUCUGCUUUUUAUUUCGUAGACUGUUUAGUUUUAUAUAUUUUUUUGUGAUAAUUUGUGCUAAAUUGAGUCGGGAAUUCGGGGAACAACGAUUGUUGCCCAGCUGGCCGCGAGUGUAAACAGAAAGUGCUGCCCUCUCGCUCGCACUCGCAUUCGCAUUCGCGUCCAUCAAAAUCGUAAUCUUUCCAGAACUUGUCCGUCUUAUCAACUUGAGACGGAUUCCCCAACCUUGGGGGCUGAACACUCACAUCAUAUACAUCAUAUAGGUUAUUAGCCCGUGCUAAUCGGUUAUCUGUACAACCACCGUAAUGGCAGCGACGCCAGCGCCAGCAGCGACGCCGGCAGCGACGUCGACAGCGACUGCAACGAAGGGUCCUUCGAAUGCAAUGUCCUGCGAGGAGGAAACCCUCCUUCGGGGACUCAACAAACUCCGCACCGAAAACAAACUCACCGACGUCACUCUCAUCGUCGAGGAGCAUCGUUUCAAGGCUCACCGCGUCGUUUUGGCGGCCAGCAGCGAUUACUUCUGCGCCAUGUUCGCCGACUGUGCCAUGAUCGAGUCGCGCAAGGACGAGAUCAACCUGUACGGGAUUACGGCUCGUGCGAUGGGCUCGAUCAUCGACUAUAUAUACACCUCGAUGCUGGAACUGAACUACGAUAACAUCGAGGAGAUCCUGGCGGCGGCCACGCACGUCCAGGUGCGCGAGGUGAUCGAGCGGUGCACGCUGUUCCUCGGCACCAAACUGGAAAUGGAGAACUGCCUGGCCAUCGCGGGAAUGGCCGAUAUCUAUGGGAUUAUGGACUUGUCGGAGCGGGCGCAUCGCUACAUCUGCGCCCACUUCGAGGAGUUCGCCACCACGGCGGACUUCAAGGAGAUGAAGGUGGACCAGCUGCGCUUCAUCCUCUCCAGCAACUAUCCCAUCGAUGUGGCAGAGAAGGAUCUGGUGCGGCUGGUCUGUAGCUUCGCCAUCGAACAGCAGCUGGAGGAGAGCGCUCUGGGGGAGUUGCUGCGCCUCAUCAACUGGCCACACAUCAGCUGCACGUCGCUGGACGAACUGAGGCUCAUGAACUGCUCGCUGGACGAGGGCAAGCAUCUGCCACUGCCCACCACCUACUACAAUCGGAUGAAGCAGGAGUACAUGGGGCGACUGAUCAACGGAGUGGUGCCCCUCGAGGAUCGAUCGCUGCCGCAGGGACCCAAGAACAUGCGGGGAAUGGAGCUGUGUCUGCUGAAGAUCGGCGGCUUCGAGUGGAAGGGGCUGACCAAUGUGAUAAUGUGCUUCUCGCCAUCGAAGAUGAAUUGGUACGAGUUGACCGCCAUUCCGCACAUUGAUCAGUGUAACUUUGGCACUGCCGUUCUGAACAACAAGCUCUUCAUCGUGGGAGGGGCCUACGAUGUCUGCCUGAAGGAGUACAUCCAUCCGUUUGGCUUCUGCUACUGUCCGCUGAGGAACACCUGGAUGACCAUUGCGCCCAUUCAACUGGAUCGCUGCCGUUUCUCGCUGAAUGCGGUGGGCAAUCAGCAUCUGUAUGCGGUGGGCGGAAUCCUCGAUGACGACAACUCCGAGGAUGCACUGCGCAUGAUCUCCAAUGUGGAGCGCUACGAUAUUGCCCAGAAUGUGUGGACCUACAUGCCCAGUCUGCAGGAGAACCGCAGCCAGCAUGCGGGAGUCGUCGUCGGCGAUAAGCUGUACAUCUCAGGUGGCAUCCACUUGGCCAACAUCCUGGCGAGCAUGUGGGUCUUCGACACGAAGACGGAGCUCUGGCAGGAACUGGCUCCAAUGCCCACGCCCUGUUGCGAUCACGUUCUGGUGGCCGUGGACAAUAAGAUCUAUGCCUGCGGCGGGUGGCACGAAAGCCUGACCGAGAUGCGGGUGCUGGUGCAGCACAUCUAUGCGUACGACAUCAAGAGCAAUGCGUGGAGCGUGGAGACGCAGAUACCGGCACCGAAAUUCUACUCCGGCGUGACGGCCAUGGGCAGAACCAUAUUCUUUGUGGGCGGGCUCGACUCAACGGAAUCGAUUGAUCGCGCCAGCGCGGAGACAAUGGCCUACGAUCUCGAUAGCAAGGAGUGGUGGCGCGAAAAGGACUCGUGGGAUUCGCCCAACGACGUUUGGGAAUCGACAUGUGCGGCUAUUUAUGUGCCCGUCUGCGAUUUCUAAUUGGUGAUGAAGAACUAGACUAAAUAACUAAAAUCCCUCCUCGUCUCCGCAUAUCUCCUCCCCAUCGAAUUUAGCGAUUCUCAUUACAGUUUUAUAUACAUAUAUAUAUAUAUAUAUAUGUCUUUAGAGUAGAUUUCUACAUGCGAGAUUUUUGUGAUGAUUGCACAGUGACAAAAAAUGUGCCAAGCACGGCACAUAGACCGUAGAUGCCUUCUUUUCGCUAUCGAAAGGUGAUUAAUCUAAUGUUAAAUUAUUAAAUUAAACUGUAAUUAAUUUGUAUAGACCGCACAUGCCUUCACGUAUAUCUCGAAUUAUAGUUAAUGUGAAAUUAUUAAGACGACCUGUACUUAACUUGUAUAAACUAAAAUAAGAAUGCUUGUCCUUAA